AUGUUUGCCUGGCAGGUGUUGCAGCGCUCCGUGUGCCACAGAGACGGACACUGGUUCCUGAAGCUGCUGCAGGCGGAGACCGACCGCAUGGACGGGUGGUGUCGGCAGAUGGAGCUGGACCAGAGGGACAACGACCUGCCGGAGGACAUCCUGGGGAAAAUGAGGAGUGCGAUGGGAAGUGCUCAGCUGCUGAUGUCUCAGAAGUUCCAGCAGUUCAGGGAGCUGUGUGAGGAGAACCUGAACCCGAACGCACACCCCCGCCCGGUGGCCUCAGACCUGGCAGGGUUCUGGGACAUGUUGCAGCUGUCCAUCGAGAACAUCAGCCUCAAGUUUGACGAGCUGCACCAGCUAAGAGCCAACAGCUGGAGACCCCUGGACCCCCCCGACAGAAAGGAGAGGCGGCUCCCACCUCCAGUGCCAAAAAAGCCUCCCAAGGGCCCCCACCACCACCCCCCCCUGGCCAGAGACCGCUCCCUGGAGAGCUCAGAGAAACAGCGGCAGGAGGCCAGGAAGCGCCUGAUGGCCGCCAAGAGAGCUGCGUCCGUGAGGCAGAACUCGGCCACGGAGAGCGCCGACAGCAUCGAGAUCUACAUCCCCGAGGCUCAGACCAGGCUAUGAGGGCACAGCAGGGACUCACACACACUCAACAUACACAACACACACAUGUAGGCUUGUCCACGCUAACGUGUAAGGGUGUAACCAAUUUAAAAAUGUCUUAAAGCAUCGUACAACAAUCCAUACAGUGAGGGGAAUUGGCUAUUUACAGUUUUGUCCCUAUCUAUGGUAUUAAAACAGCUCUUCAGAAUCAUACAAUUCAGUAUUUUCUUAACAUUCGUACCUUUUGAACCACUUUAAAUGUGCAGUGCCAACCUGAGAUUGACUAAUAAAAAGAAAGUCUUAUGCUCAUGCUAAUGAGACAGGGAGCUUUUACAAUCUUUCUCAAUAGCUUUCUCAUUACAAAGAGCUCUUCCAAUGCACGCACAACCCCCUUCAAACAGCCAGUAAGGCAGCACGAGAUGGGCCUGUUAGGAGCUUUCUCAUUUCCCAAGAUAGACCCAUAAAACCUACUUUAAUAUCAUCCUCCUUUUAUAAACACACCCUCAAGAAAAUCAUGCAGUACAAACAAUUCUUGAAUCCCGCCCAUACCCCUCACUGAACGGUCGUGUUUUGAAGAUUAAAUUCCAAAAGCAUAAUACCUUGGUUAUCCUCCUCUGUACAGACAUUGGCUUUGUGUUACACCCUUACCAACAGAUUUGCAGUUGACUUUCCAAGACCCACAGGACCCAGAUACUGAACCCCUCAGUGUGUCGGCCAUGACCUGUAAGAGUUACCGUGUUCAACCAUCAUCUACACAGGGAGCAUACCUGACGCUUCAACACUGUCUUUAAGGAUAUAACAUCAAAGACGCCAAAUGUCCUUUUGUAAAAGGCCUCAACUACAGCUAUGUUACAGACAUUCUCUGUAUUUCCUUUGCUCUGCUAUAAAUAGUAAAUAUAAAACAUAUACAAUAACGAAUUAUAUAUAAAUGUACGAAAAUGGGCCAAUAUAGAAUGGUGCAGAAUUGAGUCCUAAACCCAGAAAUAAUUUUGAAUUUUUAGCAACAUUUUUUAAAAACGUGUUUUUGGUUAAAGUCGCGAAUAAGGUCUGUGGUAAACAUAAGUUUUAAAAAGAAAUCACUUUUUGUUCUUAGACAAAAGAUAUAUCAGUAAAUACCCCACUGAUGAACGUCUGAAGCUUCCAUGUGUCUUAAAAACAGCGGUUGCUAAGAGACUAAAUGAGACUACUAAAAGUCAUUACGCUAAACAUUAGCCGUUACGCGGUGGUGAUAUAAAGUAAUGUAGUUUGUUUAUAGAAUAACGUUAGCUUUUUACUUCUGGAGAUUGCAUUUACACUCCAAAAUCAUAAAGUUGUUAACAUGUGGAGAUUAUCCUGCUGAACAAAAUGUUUAAGUAUCGUAAACAUGUGUUUUCCUUAGAGAUUAUUUGCUGCAAUAUUUAAAAAUCCAAUAGAAAAAGCCCUUUGCUUUUUGUCGAGGCAAUGCUAACUACAGAAGUACAUCAUCACUGCACUGCUCUAUGCAUAGCCUUCAGCCUCAAAUGAAUAACCUUCAACGUAACUCUAAUGAGGGGCUCCAGCCAUAUGUCGCCAACAGGAUCAGAUAAAGUAUGAGACACCACCACUUCACUUUGCAUGUUGGUGUGAUGCUGCGAGUGUUCUAACCUCACAGGUUUGGUCGCAUGACACAGGACAUGGUUAUCUGUCGGUAAAUGUUGAAGGUUUAGUCUGUGGGUCUUGUAAAAUGACAAGAAGGUGCAAUAUGUGCAGUGGUGAUGGACAGUCUUACACACACAAAACACACACACACACAGCCAGUAGUAAACAGACAAUCAUAAAGUGGUGUCAUAGGGAAACACACUGGUUUACACUCACACACUCGGCCCAUCAGCACCCACAGAUGAUCCUCUGCUGUCAUAUACAUCUCUCUGGGGGAGAGAGCGCCAUGAUCACUGUUGAUCUUCAUCUUCCUCUCCACACCACAUCAGUUCUUUAUUGAGAUAUAUGUAAUAAUGAACUUGUAUUUUCUUCUUCUAUGGUGAACUCUCUAAAAAGAAAAGGGGACAAUAUCUCAAAGGAAAAUUCUGUUGUUUUACCAAACUUAGAUGUAUUUUCAUAGUUGUUGACAUGAUUCUGUUUGUGAUGGUUUUAUACUCACAGGUUGUGUCACAGGGACUGCACUACCACCAGGCCGAUUUUAAGCAAACAUUUAUUCAAGGACUUCUUUAAAAACUGUCCGAUUGCUUUUCUGGUUGCGUCCCCUGUAAUUUAGCAUUUCAGCUAUUAAUGACCAAAACGACAAAAAACUAAGUUGUAAAUAAACACAAUUUUCUUUUACCCCAGCCUGUGUAACUUAGAAAGCCAUCAAGUGAAUUAAGAAGUGCUGAUACUUUCAAACACACUUCAUGGAAACAUGCCUAAUAAUUCUGAGAAAUGAAAGGGUUUGGGUGUUUAGAUGAUCACCACCUGUGCAUAGGUCACACACUCUCCUUAUUUGGUUUGUCAGUUCUCCUUGGAUUUUAAGAGGAUUUGUAUUUCACAGGGUUCAUUUACACUUAAGCAAUAUUUAAAGGAGAUAUAAUGGAUGGCCUAAAGAUUUACGUUAUAACCCUGUUAUUAUGAAGUUGGAAUGAGACUGAACAGAACGUGCGGUGUAGAAUCAUCUUGUGGCAGCUCUUAAGUGGCUAGUUGUGCAAUUACACAUCUUUCUAUUUUCAAGAUGUCAAGUGCAUUUAUUUCCUCAUCAAACAUCGAUGUUUAGAAAGCCAUGUAAUGUGGAAGACUCUGGUAGUCAAACAGAUCUUCCUUGCUGUUUAAAGAUAGAAGAAUAUCAAUGCUGCACUUUGUGGUCACAAAGGGAUUUGAAAUAAAGCCUUGAUAGUAAUCCGGUGGUUGCAAAACAAGAGCUUCCCGGAGUACAUUGAAAGGCCCCUGAAUAAAGUUGAAUAUAGUCUUUAUUCAGAGUUUUUAAUCCACCUAGAUCCACAGAGAGACCGUUUUUAAUCUACUCGUUUGGAAAUCUGGCAGAAAGUUACCAGGCGUUAGGAUGUUGGCCUGGCAUUGUCAUCCGCUGCAUUGAUAUCACCUUCUUUACAUUGCUAAACUGGUUUUAGCUUCAGGAGUCUGUGAUGAGCAUAAUAUGCAGCUUGAAAUGUCAUUCAUAGACAGAGAGCCCGCUAGCAUGAAGCUCUUUGACAUUCCAAGUUUACAGUGUGUCAUACUGAUAGCAGUUAGCGGCUCAUUGUCUGCUCAGAUAUACCUCUCUUGCCAAAUGGAAAACCAGCCAUUAGCAUAUGCUAAGCUAAGGAAAGGGACUGAAUCAUCCUGAGCUGGUUUACUGAACAGAAUUCACCAACGUGAUGUCAAAACUGUGAAAAAGACAACAACUGUAUCCACUGCUCAUGAUGACUCCCUUCAGUUGAUAUACAUGUAGUACAUUUGGCUGUCAUUAACUUUAGUGAGACCGGCCCCUCAGUUAGAACCAGAGGUCGGCUGAGGUGUGUCAAUGUGUGCUGAUCUUUCUACUUAACCAGAGUACCUUUUUCUGUGCUUGCUAUUAGAAAGAAUCGAACAGCUGCCAGGUUAAAUGAUUCUGAGUUUAUAUUUGGAUGAAGUAGCAGUUUAGCUUUCAUAUAUAGCAAUGAAGGGACUCAUUGGACUAAUUAGGAAUAAAUGUUUACAGAACUGUCCUAAAAUGUAACUUACAUUUCAAAUGUACUAUUUUGGUGUUUAGUUACAAAGCUAGACAUUCUUAUAAUGCCAUGGCUAACAUAGAUAGCUUCACAUUACACUGCUUAAUCAACAGAAAUAUAACUCAUAUUCUGGAUACUGCUUAUUUAUUUAUUUCUGUAUCCAGGCGUGUCGUCCUUUACUCAUCUGUGUGAGUCACACUCCGCCUGUGGAAACAGUUGUUGUCCUCGAUGUCUCUGGACUUGUCAAAUAACCCUGAUGAUUUCACAGUGAUUUCAUUGAGGUUAUCUCAACUUGAAGACUAAUAACUGAAACUGUUACAACCUGGAGAUGAUGAUGUUUAUAAGACAAUAAUGGUCCAACAGAGCAACUGAGUUUCCUGAUAAAUAAAGUUUCCGUAACUGCUUUCACGACGACGUUUGGAAGGAAGUUUCUUCCGCAUUACUUUUGCUGUCUAAAAUACAUGGUUAUCG